UCAAUAUCAUAUUUUUAAGCCCUAAUCAAAAUGGCUGCCAAACUGUAGGAGGCAUAUUGAAGGCUCAGGGUCUGAAAAAAAGGGCACUCAAACAGCCUCUUCUUAAGCAGCAUGGCGUUGUUAAAACUAAAGUUCCCCUUCCAAAAGAGGGUGCGUCUGGCCCAGGGUCUCUGGCUGCUUUCAUGGCUGUCUAUGUUCUCUGGAGUCAUCACUUUUGUUAUGGGAGUAUUCCUCAAAACUGAGCUACAUCGCAGAUCGGAGGUGAUGCACAAUAUGGACAUCCACAUUGUGCCAAAUCUGCUGAUGGCAGUGGGGUUAGCAUCAGUGGGCAUCAACAUCUGUGCUAGCAAAGUCUGCCAGGACUCACUGGACCCCACGCGUUUCCCACGCUGGAAGACGUUUCUUCCUCCGUUCUUCAUCGUCUCGGUCUUCGUCACCUCCUUGCUGCUGGUCGCCAUGAUUCUGAGCUUCGCCCUGCAGCCCAGCCUGGAGGAGUCUCUGAAGAUCGGGCUGAAGAACGGCAUCCGCUUCUAUAAGGACACAGACACACCAGGCCGUUGUUUCCAGAAGGAAACUAUUGACCGUUUACAGAUUGAGUUCCAGUGCUGUGGUAAUUCUAACUACAGGGACUGGUUUGAGGUGCAGUGGAUCAGCAACCGCUACCUGGACUUCACAUCCAAAGAAGUGAAAGAUCGAGUGAAGAGUAACGUAGAUGGGCGUUAUCUGAUGGAUGGGGUCCCAUUCAGCUGCUGUAACCCCUCCUCCCCCCGGCCCUGCAUCCAGAACAGUCUCCGGGACAAUGCUGCCCAUUACAACUACGAGUAUCAGACUGAAGAGCUGAACCUGUACAGCCGAGGUUGCCGCCAAGCCCUGGUCAGCUACUACAUGGGUUUAAUGAACACCAUCGGCCCUUGUGUACUGCUUUUUUUCCUUCUCCAGAUGUCCAUUCUAGUGAGUCUGCGCUAUCUGCAGACUGCAAUGGAGGGUGUGCUGGGAGAGGAGAACGUGGAGAUCGAGACAGAGGGAUACAUCCUGGAGAAGGGAGUGAAGGAGACAUUGAUGGAGACAAAAGAAAAGAUGAUGAAAUUCCUGCAGUUCGCUCAGGUGGGCGACGCAUCCGCUGAGACCCAGGCCACCGAGCCAGAGGCAGAAAAGCCAGCCACAGCCUAAAAGACCAAGUGUAUUUGUUUAAAAUCAGUGCUCAUGUACACAUGUGUGCUUACUGUCCUUGAUUAUCAUCAUCCAAGGGAAAUAAAGUCAUCAUAAUUAUAACGUUGCUACUUCAUUGUUAAAUGAAGUCAUCAAGUUACCCAAAUAUUUGAGGUAAAAACCAGUAACCUCUCAAAAUGCUGGAAAUCUGAAAAAUCUGAUGGUACGAAAAUACUCCUUUCUCCCAUGACAAUUAUAUAUAAAACGAAGAUGUCUGAAGAAGAGUUAAAGAAGAAAAUUCCAAGGAAAUGAAGGCAAUGAAAUAGUACAUUUCAUCACAUGAGGUCUGUAGAUGUUUUGCUGCUUCAUGCUUUGCUUAAAUAGACAAAAGAGAGCUGAAAUUGCAGAUGUAUGCGACAAAUAAAGAGUUUUUAACUGA